CAGGGGGAGGUUUGUCGCUUUUUUGCGCUUGUUUUAGUGCCACUUCAGUGUCACAUCAGGCUGCAUUACCUGCAAAUUCACAUCAAUUUGGGAAUUUACACGCAUCGGCUUGUCGAUCAGAGUUCUGUUAUCGAUCCGAGUUAUUCGAACUCUGCAUUGAAGUUUUGACACAUCCAGAUUUCAUUUCUACUUCUUCUUCUUCAUAGAAAUGGACAACUCUGACGUUAAAGCGUCUGCUUUUGACUCACAGGGUUACAGUCCAACGUACAAAAGGAAAAGGACGGUAGAGGAUUUCAACAAGUUUUGCACAUUCGUCCUGGCCUACGCAGGUUAUAUUCCAUAUCCACAGGAGGAGGCGCCGCUCAGGAGCAGCUCGAGUCCUCCGAACAGCACGGGGAGCACGGCAGACAGCGACGGCCUCCCCUCCCCCGACCAGCCUCCGCACAAAAGCCGCAAGAGCUUCGGCGGCUUCAAGAGGCCCGCGAACGACGAGCCCGAGCUCCACAAGCGGCCCAAAUCCACAGGCUUCCUCCUCGACGGACGUAAGAAACCCGACAAAAUGAAGAAGAAGAAAAAGAAGCCGACGGAGAACAGCAAAUCUGACGAUCCCGAAUCUUUCCUGCCGUUUCCCUCCGGGACCAGAGCAGAGAUUUCUGCUUUCGGUCGGACCGUCAAGGAGGAGCCGGAGGAUUACAUCAGCAUCUCUACGCCGCCUUCAUACACAGAGCGCUCCGUUCACCCUGGCACCAGCUCUCCGCUCGGGUCGGGCUCUCACGGCACCGUCGGCUGCAAAAAGGAACCGGAGGCCGAGCGGGCGUGCUGGGAUUCCCCGGCCAGCUCGGGAACGGAGUCCAGAGGAGAGAGCAGGGAGAGGCUGGCGCUGCCUGAGGGGGAAGCCGUGGUCAUGAAGAUGGAGGGAUUCCCCGGCACGAGAACGGUGAUACGCCAGGGAAAGCAGGUGGUGUUCCGCGACGAAGACGGAUCCGCAGACGACGAGGACAUCAUGGUCGAUUCGGACGACGACUCGUGGGACCUCGUGACGUGUUUCUGUAUGAAGCCCUUCGCCGGCAGAGCGAUGAUCGAAUGCAACCAGUGCAACACCUGGAUCCACCUGUCCUGCGCCAAAAUCCGCAAGUCCAACGUCCCGGAGACGUACACCUGCCAGCAGUGUAAAGACUCCAAAUUUGACAUUCGGCGCUCGAACCGCUCGCGCAUGGGCUCUCGAAAGCACCUUCUGGACUGACGUCGCUCGCGCCCCUCCCCCGAGUACAAACUCUGAUCGAGACGGGAGACGAGUACAGAAGUGGAAGGGCUCUGACUGCGAUAUUAAACUCAAUUUUUUUCCCCCCUUUUAUAUAUCGUCCACCUUCCUAACUGGGUUUUUGUUUGUUUAGUUUUUGCGUAAGGCAAUCAUAACCUUAGACGAUGCAUUACAGAGAGAAGACGUUUCAAAACAGACGCCGUGAUCUCGAAGACUUUUCCGAGACACUUUCAGGAAUAGGAACGAGGACGAAGGAUUGCACUUUUUUUUUUUUUUUUCUUCUUUUCAAAAAGGGAGCGUUUGUACCCAUAGCGUUGAAAAGUUUGUGCAUUUGUUCAAAGUAUUACAUUCAAUGUUCAAAUUAUUUCCUUGUGGAACUUUCUGGAAUCUUAAAACGUCUAAGGAACAUAAAGGCACUAUAGGGUUAUAGUGAAAAUACAUGGUGCAGAAUCUGUCCUUCCUUAAGUGAAGCAAAGAGAAAACCCUGUUUCUUGUUUGUUUGUUUGUUUGUUUGUUUUUUGUUCCUCCUCCUCCUCAGAGCACUGUCCUUCAGGUUUAUUCAGUGUCGAAAAAGCUUCUCGAGUGAACAAGUAUCUCAGACGACAGGCAUCAAAUCUGGGACGUCCUCUUUAACACACUCAGUGAUUUUCGUUCUUCGCUUUUAUUAACAGAGAGCUCAGAGCUACCUGCCCUGCCCUGCCCCGCCCUAUCCUGCCAUGUCAUGCAUUUUCGCAUGCUGUUUGUGUUUUAUUUCGUUAAUCGUGACCGAGUGGUACUUAAGACCUCGUGUCGUAGCUCCUACGUUUAUUGCCCAGAAGCAAAAAGACUUUAUACUUUUUUUUGUGUGUUACGUGUUAAAAUUUCAAACUGCAACCUUGUUCGUAAUGUACGCGGCCCUGUGAACCUGAAGAGUUCUGACCUUCCUCGUUUCCACUCAUGUUCUGCGUAUAUUUUUCUAGAUUCUAGCUAGGUAGCGCAUUUAUUUUAUUUUUGCUGUGUUCAACUUGGUCUGAACUCAUAAAUACGUCAUUUUCAAGCUAUCAUGGGGGAUGGGACCAUUGACGCAUCCAUGAAAGCUAGCUAGCUAAGUAACUAACUAACUAUCGUGAAAGUAAAUUGAUUGAUUUUUAAAAACUUUCCAGACUUUUCCGUGUUGAGGUCAUGUUUCCAAAUUGGUAAUCGGAUGCUACGAGCUUUAAUCGAACCCACGUCGCUGCACAUUUCACUUGUAAUCUCGCGUCAAUGCAACUAGUUAAAAUACCGUCGCGAGACACUGAUCACACUGUGCCAUACUCGCGGUGUCAUUUUUACGAUUCCCCCCCCCCCCCCCCCCCUUUUCCUCACCGUGUUAAAUGCCGCACAUGACACUCAAGCGCUGUGUAAUUUCCCUUGCUUAACCCUAAUGUUAGAUUUAACAUCCGGAGUUUGCGUAUUUAGCGCCUGCGCUGUGUCUUCAGUGUUUGGUUAUAAACACUUAAUAUGAGGUGCGAUCUAAAAGUUCCGGAACUGUUCCUGGUGCGAGUGUGUGCAGUCGGAACGAGCGCUAACUCUCGUGAGUCGGUGUCGGUGUGCCACAUGACGUUACGCUGUUUGUAUCAGGACCUGUGUUUUCAUGACAACAUGCACAUAUUUGUGAUUUUUUUUUAUUAUUAUUAUUAUUUUUUUAAAAACUAUAGACCAGAGAGCAAACCUCAAAUUCUGUGUUAAACUUUGGGGGCGGGGGAUCAGUAACAGACCCUGGAAAUGUCGAAACACGUUGUUGUUGUUUCAUUGCUGUAGGCUCGGUGAAGCAUUUCAAGGGUCUGUGUUGCUAAUCGCAAACGCUUAAACAGGCAUGAUGUCAGAAAAACACGUGUAACGCAGGUCCUGAUGUUGACCACAUGAUGUCAUGUGACAUAUCGACUCAUGAGUUACUGCUCGCUCCUGCUGCUGCUGUUAGCUUGCACCAGGAAGUCACAGAGCUUAUCGAUCAUGCCUCAUGUUGUCCUGUGACCUCUCACCACCCCGUUUUGAUUUGCGUGUUGCUCUUAGACGCUCUUCGAACUAGGUUUUGUUUUUUUUUUAAAGUUCUCCACUUACUUCUAAAGUCUUUACAUUUGUGUUUUGGUACCUUAAAGAUUUUUCGGAACGAUGUAAGUCCAAUCAGUGAUGACUGAACAGUGUUUAUGAUAAACGAUGCAUAAAACUCAUUACGAUAUUAUUACGAUGCUCAUGUAUCAUGGGAAAUUCUUUAAACCACUUUUCCCCCCCUUCCCAGGAGGACUGAUUUGAGAACUGCCUCGUUUUCCCGUUAUGUUUAAUAACACAUGAAGGCAGUAUGAAUGUCAUUUCCUGUUCUAUAAGACUAUAGAAUAACCACUUCUUCUCUAUUCUUCAUUUCCCAACCUGUGUUUUCACUACGUAUACAAAUAUUUCCUUUAUCGGUGCUCCUGGAACCAUCCUUCGUUUCUUAAAACGUUUCCUCAGUCCUUCGGUGGAAGCGUCUCUGGAGGUUUCCUUUAUUUCAAUGUUCAGUAAUUAUUUAUUUGGAUAGUUUCGCUCUCUCAGGCUGUCGUUUCCAGGAGCUCGGGCGAACGGUUCGCGUGAACCCGUCGUUAGCAUACAUCUUAACAAGCUUUCAGUUCCUAACCGUUUCAUCCAGUGUUGCGUUUUACUGAUAAUCAAGAGUUCAAGGUUGUUUUUGUUUUCCUUUUGUACAAAAUCAGUACGUUCUGUUUGUAUAUAAUGUCACCGGGAGUUCACGCCUGUUCUCGCGUUUCGGUUCAGUGGGGAAUUUGGGGACGGUAAGGAAUGUUGGGAUGUCACUGUGGUCGUCUUGGAGACCGGAGCGCUGGGUUCUAGAGAGAGAGAGAGAAUGAAUGUUUCUGUGAAACUGAUGUAAAUAAAGAUCUUAUGAGAAUUUAA